AUGACAUACAAGACGUACCACGAUCAUACGGUUGACGUUAGGGCCAGAAAGUCCAAGUGUGUGGCCCGGCACGAGUUCCUUGACGUUGCUCGGUAG